AAGCCCUGUUUUCUUUCACAUUCUAUAAAUACUGCAGCACUUCUCACAGAUUUCUCAUGUAUCAAACAACGCAUCUUCUCUAAAUCUUAAUCUCAUAUCCUUCUCUAUAAUAUCCUCAAGAUGGCUUUCUCAUUGCAGAAUAUACUUAACCUCUCUAUCUCCUUGUUUCUCCUGACAAGUUUAGCUAAGGCUCAAAACUGUAGUGACUGUUUCAUUCAAUCACGAGCUUCAUACUACCCAAACUCUGACGAAUAUGGAACAAAUCAUGGGGCGUGCGGGUUUGGUGCAUUUGGAGCUACAGUCAACGACGGACAUGUCUCAACUGCGUCAGAUCUCUACCGUGAUGGAGUUGGUUGUGGCGCUUGCUAUCAGGUGAGAUGCACCAACAGCAAUUAUUGCUCAGACAAUGGGGUUACUGUGGUCAUUACAGAUCAAGGCUCUGGUGAUAACACAGAUUUCAUUCUCAGUGAGCGUGCUUUCAGCAAGAUGGCUCAAACAGAAGACCUGGCUGCAUCUUUAAAAUCCCUUGGUGUUGUGAACAUAGAGUAUCAACGGGUUUCAUGCAACUACCCAGGCAAGAACAUAACAUUCAAGAUUGAUGAGAGUAGCAGUUACCCUAGUUAUCUUGCUUUUGCUAUUUAUUACCAACAAGGCCAAAAGGACAUCACUGCUGUGCAACUAUGCGAGACACAAAGCUUUACCUGCAAGUUACUGCAACGAGACCAUGGAGCUGUGUGGACAAGUACUCCUCCACCAAGUGGACCGUUGGCUAUAAGAAUGUUGUUCAGUGAUGGCGAUGAAGCAAAUGAUACGUGGAUCGUUCCUGUCAAUAACAUACCUCAAGACUGGAACCCAGGAGCCAUAUAUGACUCUGGAGUACAAGUGAACUAAAAGAAAAAGUCUCAUGUACUGAUCAAUAUAGCAAUAUGAAUAUGCUCUAUUCUUUCUCUUUGAUUCUGUAUCUUUCAUCAGAUUUUAGUUUAGGUUAAGACUUUAAUCAAUUAUUAUACAUGACGACCAAUAAAACUUAAAUUUCAAUUUUUUUUU